GCAAAUAGUGAGAGGAGGUCCCUCUGCACCGCAGGAGUAUUGUGUUUAAUGCUGACGAGUGUAGAUUUUAAGAGGAAACAUAAAGACAAAAUGCCCUAAACAUGUGGGAUUUACACACCCUUUAUCUAGGAUAGCACAUGAACACGGAGCAGUAGAGUCAUUUUAACGGAAAACAGAGGGGAAAAGAUGAAGCUAAGUCGACAGUUCACGGUGUUCGGUAGUGCCAUAUUCUGUGUGGUGGUGUUCUCUUUGUACUUAAUGCUGGAUCAUCUACACUUAGAUAAUACCAAGAACCCUAAGGGAGCAGGGGGCUUACUUCAAAAGGGACAACUAUCCAUACUGCAAGAAAAGAUUGACCAUUUAGAGAGGUUGCUAUCGGAAAACAAUGAAAUUAUCUCAAACAUCAGGGACUCUGUUAUCAAUCUCAGCGAGUCUGUGAAAGAUGGAAAGGGGAACCCUGAGGCAAUGAACCUGAACAGAGGAGUGUUCUCAGAGCUCCUUGUAUCUCCUCCACUGGUCAUCCCUGUUGAUGCUGAGGACUGUCAGUUUGCUGCCAAAUCAUAUUCCAAAGCUGCUGAUGAUGUGCAGAUGCUGGAUGUUUAUAACAUACUUCCCUUUGAUAACCCUGAUGGAGGUGUUUGGAAACAAGGCUUCGACAUUUCUUAUGAUGAACAUGAAUGGGAUAACGAACCUCUGCAGGUCUUUGUUGUGCCUCAUUCACACAAUGACCCUGGCUGGAUAAAGACAUUUGAUGACUACUACAGAGACCAGACUCAGCACAUAUUGAAUAACAUGGUGGUGAAGCUGCAUGGAGAAGAACAAAUGAAAAUGAUCUGGUCAGAGAUCUCCUACUUCUCCAAAUGGUGGAACAGCAUUGACAGCCAAAAGAAGGAUGCUGUGAAAAGGUUAAUUGAACGUGGCCAGUUGGAAAUUGCGACGGGUGGCUGGGUCAUGACUGAUGAAGCAUCUACACAUUAUUUUGCCAUGAUUGACCAACUGUUGGAAGGACACCAGUGGCUGGAGAAAAAUCUGGGAGUGAAACCAAAGACUGGAUGGGCAGUUGAUCCUUUUGGGCAUUCAUCCACCAUGGCCUACAUCCUGAAACGCUCCGGCUUUUCCAGCAUGCUUAUCCAGAGAGUGCACUACUCAGUAAAGAAAUACUUUGCCAGCCAUAAGACACUAGAGUUUUUCUGGCGACAAAACUGGGAUAAGAGUUCCAGCACUGACAUCCUGUGCCACAUGAUGCCCUUCUACAGCUAUGAUGUUCCUCACACUUGCGGUCCGGACCCGAAGAUAUGCUGUCAGUUUGACUUCAAGAGGCUUCCUGGAGGCAGGAUCAACUGUCCUUGGAGGGUGCCGCCUGAGGCAAUCCACGAUGGAAACAUCCAGCAAAGGGCACACAUGAUUUUGGAUCAGUACAGAAAGAAGUCCAAACUUUUCAAAACAAAAGUAGUUCUGGUUCCCCUGGGGGAUGAUUUCCGAUACAACGAGGCUUCUGAGUGGGAUCAGCAGUUCCAGAAUUACCAGAAGUUGUUUGAUUACAUGAAUUCUCAUCCAGAAUUGCAUGUCAAGGCUCAGUUUGGGACCAUAUCUGAUUACUUUGAUGCACUUAAGAAAGCUGCUGGCCCUUUAUUGUUUCCAAAUGUAAGUGGGGACUUCUUCACCUAUGCUGACAGAGAUGACCAUUACUGGAGUGGAUACUUCACUUCACGCCCUUUCUACAAGAGACUGGACAGAGUCUUAGAAUCACAUCUGAGGGCAGCGGAGAUACUAUACUCACUUGCCUUGGCAAAUAUUCAGAAGUGGAACAAAAUGAGUGCAUUCCCUUCAUCUGAUAAUUAUAAACUGCUAACAGAAGCUAGAAGAAACCUUGGCCUUUUCCAACACCACGAUGCUAUUACAGGAACUGGUAAAGACUGGGUUGUUGUGGACUAUGGCACUAGGCUCUUUCAUUCUAUAAUGAAUUUGAAGCGGGUGAUAAUUGACUCUGCUCAUUUUCUGAUUCUGAAGGACAAGGAUGACUACAAACACAACCCUUCAAACCUCUUCCUUCAGAUGGAUGACGUGCAGCCCUCUCAGGAUGCUCUGCCCCACAAGACUAUCCUGAAACUCGGUACACAGCCCAGGUCACUCGUGAUUUAUAACCCCACAGAACAAGACCGGUCUGCUGUUAUUACUGUGUAUGUGAAUACCCCAAGAGUAAAAGUCCUGACAGCUUUGGGACAGCCUGUGAAGGUACAGGUCAGUGCUGUCUGGGAGGAAACGAUCAAAGUAUCCAAAGAAGCCUUUCAGGUCUCCUUUGUGGCCCAGCUGUCUGCACUGGGCCUAGGAGUAUACCAGCUCACUGAGGGGACAGACAUGAACACGCACCUAGCAGACUACAAUCUAUACAAAAAAGGGGGACGCCUGGUACUCGGUACAAGUGAACCGUUCAAACUGGAUGUUUCACAAAACAACCCUAUUAACUUCAAAAUUGAAAACACACACCUUCAACUUUGGUGUUCUGGAUCAACCGGCUUGUUGGAGAAAGUGAAGCUUAAGGAUGAUAGUAAAGAACAACAUGUGAAGGUGGAGUUUAUGUGGUAUGGAACAACCAGCAACAGAGAUAAGAGCGGCGCAUAUCUUUUCCUUCCUGAUGGGCAAGCUAAGCCAUAUGUUACUUCUGAGCCCCCUAUAAUAAGAGUGACCACUGGACCAGUUUUUUCUGAAGUCACAAGCACUUACCGCCAUUUCACACAUUCGCUACGCCUCUAUAAUGUGCAAGGAGUGGACGGACAGUCUGUGGAGAUCUCCAACACGGUGGACAUCAGGGGGGAGCUCAACUGUGAAAUUGUAAUGAGGAUAACAUCAGACAUCAACAGCAAAGACCGAUUCUACACAGACCUUAACGGCUUCCAGAUUCAGCCCAGGAGAACUUUAAGCACAUUACCUCUUCAAGCGAACUUCUAUCCCAUGACCACGAUGACAUAUAUUCAGGAUGAAAAUGUUCGGAUGACACUUCAUUCUGCCCAGUCGCUGGGGACUGCAAGUUUGAACCCAGGCCAGCUGGAAGUCAUCAUGGACCGUAGGCUGAUGCAGGACGACAACCGUGGCCUCGGACAAGGGGUCCAAGAUAACAAGAUUACAGCCAAUUUGUUUCGUAUCUUGCUGGAGAGGAGAGUCCAUGUGGAUGAGAAGGAAAACAGCCAGCCAGUGAGUUAUCCCUCUCUGCUCAGUCAUAUCUCAUCACUGUACUUGAAUCACCCAGUGGUUCCUAUGGCUGUCAACAUGGACUUUGGGGCUGCUUCGCUGGUUUCAGAAUUCAGACCACUUGCUUCAUCCAUGCCUUGUGAUUUGCAUGUAGUUAACCUACGGGCCAUACAGUCAAAGGAGGGAGUGGGUCCAUCAGAUGAAGCAGCCUUUAUUCUACACAGGAAAGGAUUUGACUGCAGCUUCUCCACAAAAAACACUGGGUUACUGUGUUCUACAACACGCGGCAAGAUUCCAGUUAACAAGCUUUUUAAUGAGAUGAAGGUGCAGCGCAUCACCCCGGUGUCUUUAUCUUUAAUGCACACACCUCAAGGAAGCCAGAACAACAGUGAGAUCCAGCUUCAUCCUAUGGAGAUCAGUACAUUCCGGAUACAACUGAGAUGAGCCCGUCCCAAGAGCAAAUACAGAGCAGACUCUGAAAUACUGUGAAGAUUCUUUACAUUUUUUAAUACGUGUUUCUACCGGCUUACCAAUGGAUUUUAAAGCCAUGUAUAGAGUUACUUUAAACAUUAGAAUAACUGUGGAUGAUGGGGUUUUAAAAAAAAUCAGUUUCAUCUAAGCAAUGAGUCACUCAUUGGGUCCCGGGUUGAGUGUUAUCCCAUGGGAUUCUGGUUAACCUACAUACAAAAUACACAUAGUUCUCGCUGUGAUGGAUAACUUAUUUUACGUUUCAAGAGACUUGCUUGGGAUAGUCAUUUUAUAUAUCAGUGACAAUAUAAUACAUUUAGUUUAGUCAUGUAGACUGUUGUACAUAAUCAAGAGGAUAAUCUUAAAUCUAGGAGGUGGGAAUCAGCUGACUUAUUAUUGGGCUGUACCCAGUCAUGUGUGUCAUAUCUUAAUCCUGAAAGAUGUGUGCAACAGCCCUACUUAUUGAAUCAAUAAUCCAUCUAUUGAAACUGGGAACAAUGAGAGUGGAAAUAUUGUACUGUUCAUUAUUUUUGUUGCCAGAAUUGUGAUGAUGGAUGUUCUUUUCCAAAUUCCAAAGUUGCCAGUUAAUGUUAAAAUGUGCCUUAUUUUUGUUAUUAUAGAAUACAUCUUUUACAUAUUGCUCUUACAAUCUUGUCUUUGUAUCUAGUGUCCCCAUCUAUUGUUAGUGGUAAAGUGUCCGUAUCUGUCUUAACAGUAUAGAUACAAUGGAAAAGAAGACAAGUGACUGGCAAAAGAAGCCUGUCAUGUUUGUUUUGUUUCAUUCUUGUGACCUUUGAAUGUGCAGCACUGAUGUAACUGGAUGUUAUCAAACAGCAGCUGAAUUGAGAUUUACUUUUCACACGUGGUUUGCCAAGAAAAAAAAUCGUUAAAAAAUACUGCAGUAAAAUAUAUUCUAUAUAUCAUUUUGUAAGGGCGAACAUGAGAGAAUAGUUUUUAUUUGCAGGGAGGGAUAUUUGAAUGUGACUGGAUUUGUUUUUAGAAUUAUUUUGUGAAACAUAAAUGUGAUUUUGUAUUGCAGUGGGAUAAAGAUGUGUUUCACACAUGAUUGUAUUCCCUACGUACAAUCAUCGUUUACAGGUUACAGUUAAUCCCUUAAAUUAAGAGACACCGUAAUGACCACGACCAAACCAUUGGUUCAAUUACAAAUCAAUCCUUGUUUCCUGAUUUUAUAGUGAAUUAAAAAAUUCCAUUCAAUAACCCCCCCCCCCC